AUGCGUUUUGUCACGCAUCUAUGCUAUUGGAAUCUGAAGAAGCCGCCUUCUGAUGUGAAAAACUAUGUCCUCCUGCCGUACAGAAUGCAAAAUCACAUUCAAGUCUAUUGCAGGAAUGAUUGUGCCUCCGAUUUUAGGGCGCCUGAAGACCGAACCGGUGUCAAGUGUGCAAUUGGCAGGUACCUUUUUCCUCUGACAUGUGCAUGGGGCCUGUUAAGAAAGGAAGAUCCGUCAGACAAGAUAAAAAUGCCUUACUGGCCGACGGAGACGUCACUGCGCACUACAUAUUCUCGUGGAAAGCACCAUGUAAAGAUCUUAACAGUGUAUAUAUGCGCGCUAUUCGCUAGUCAUGGCGGCGCUAAACAAAAAGUUUCGUUUAUGUUUUCACAAAAUCUCGACGAAUUGCCAACACUCAUUUGUCUAGGCAUCGUCUUUAUGCCCGGCUAA